AUGGGGCUCUACGAGGCUUGUAGAGCAUUCAUCCUUUGCGUUGCCACAUUCUUUUCCAUACCGCUCGGCCAACAUGAAGACUCCCAGCAACCCAUCUUCUCCAUUGACCAAAACCUUCCUCACUAUCCCAAGUUUCCAGCACCUCAUGGCCCAGAUACGGUCAAGAAUUUCACUUGCAGGUAUCCAGAUCUUGAAGAUGAGUGGGUGUCAUGCUCGACGGAGUACAACCGCAAAUGCUGGCUCAGAAAUAAAAUCACUGGGCAAGAAUACAACAUAACAACAGACUAUGAGAAUAUUGCCCCACCAGGGGUCUUGAGAGAAUACUACCUUGUGGUUGACAAGAAGAUUAUUGACGGAGACGGCGUACUCAACCAUGAAGGCAAGGUCUUCAACCAAACCUACCCCGGCCCCUGGAUCCAGGCAUGCUGGGGAGACACUAUCAGAGUCACCGUCACGAACAAGCUCAAGUACAACGGUACCACGAUCCACUGGCACGGACUCAGACAGAAGGACACAAUGGAGAUGGACGGCGUCAAUGGCGUCACCCAGUGCCCAAUCGCUCCAAACGACACAUUCACCUACGAGUUUCGCGCUCUCCAGUACGGAACCUCCUGGUACCACAGCCAUUACUCUCUGCAGUACGCCGAUGGUCUGGCGGGACCUAUAACCAUUCACGGGCCAUCAUCAGCCAACUACGACGAGGCAAAAGACCCGAUUCUCAUCACAGACUGGAACCAUCGAAGUGCGUUCCAGGAUUGGGAGCGAGAACUGACGCGCAUCCCUACCUUCCCUAGGAUGAACAGUAUCCUGAUCAAUGGAAUUGGAAACUUCGCCGGCAGCUUCCCAACCGAGCGGUUCAACAUGACUGUGACCAAGGGCAAGAAAUAUAUUCUGCGUGUCAUCAACACAUCCGUCGACACAACCUUCGUCUUUAGCAUUGACAACCACAUGUUCGAGGUUAUGAGUUCUGACUUCGUCCCUAUCCACCCCUAUAAUGUGACCCAUGUCCUCAUAGGCAUUGGUCAAAGAUACCACAUCGUUCUCCACGCUGACCCAAUCAACACCAUCACCUACCCGGAAUCGGACAAAGGAAACUAUUGGAUCCGCACAGUCCCCGCAGAUGGAUGCAAAGGUUUCGAGGUUGGAAACGAGCCGGAUGAGCGUCAGGGCAUCCUUCGGUACAACGCCAGCAGCAUGGAUGUGCCUACUACUUGGAGAGACCCAUACAGUUUGGCCUGCCGUGAUGAGAACUACACUAACCUGGUGCCCAUUCACGAGUGGAAAAUUACACCGGUUGAGUUAAACAACAGAUCCCAGGGCUUGACCAUUGGCCUGGAACAUGUUGAGGAUAGACCUGUUGCCCCAAACAACUUUACUUGGUGGUCUUUUGGGGACAACCCCUUGUGGGUAGACUUUUCAAAUCCGACUAUUACUGAGCUCAAUAGGACGGAGCCGUGGUCCAAGGACUACGUCGUGGUGCCUGCAGACAGCAGAGAUGGAUGGGUCUACCUUGUUAUCACUGCUCCAGACGCCGCUGUGGCAGGAAAGAAGAAGAUCUUUGCGCCUGUUGCACAUCCUCUACAUCUCCACGGCCACGACUUUGCUCUCCUCGCCCAAGGCAGCGACUCCAAACGCAUUGAAAGGAACGAGGUGACACUCAAGUUUGAUAACCCCCCACGACGAGAUGUUGCAUUGAUCCCGGCUGGGGGCUACCUCGUUGUUGCCUUUAAGGCUGACAACCCCGGCUCCUGGCUGUUCCACUGCCACAUUGCCUGGCAUGCCUCGAGUGGUUUGGCCUUGCAGAUUAUGGAGCGUGAGGAGGACUUGAAGAAGUUAAUGACUGAGGAGAGACUGCGAGAAACCACGAGGGUUUGCAAGAACUGGGGCGACUGGUAUUCUGACCCGUCGAACCAUUGGAACGCCAGUGGUCCAUUCCAGGAUGAUUCAGGUGUCUGA